AAGAUUGGUGUUAAAAGUGUUUUAUGGUCCAUGUGAUGUCCCUUGGUCUAUCCUUCUUCUAAGCUACCACUCUCUCUCUUUCUCUCUCACACACACACACAUACUCUCUCUCUCUCUCCCUUCAUACAAACAUAUCUACAACGUUAAAAGAUGUCUGAAUUCAUAUAUAAUAUUGUUUGAUUGUCUCUGAUUUUGAGCUCAGAUUAGAUUAGAUUAUACUCUGUUUUAUUAAAGUUAUCGUCCCCACAAAGUAAUCAAUCAUCUUCUCCAAUCCCUUAAAAAAAUAUCCCAAAUUUAUACAGAAAGAUUCAUAUAUAGGGGGAGAGAGAGAGGGAGAGAGAAAGAAAGGGGAGCUGUGUGUAGAUCUAGAGAGAGAAAGUUUCACUGUGUGUUUCAGUGUGUGUUUUCACUGUGUCUGUGAUGGAUAAAAGCUGUCAUUCAUCUGGGGAAGAAUCUUCUGCUAUAAACCCUAAUCUUGAUUCUAGUACUGGUGGCAAAGAUCAGUACUUGAAACAGAUUCAUAAACUGUCUCAUAAGAUUUCUAAACCGCCCAUUAGAAAACCCUUUGAGUUUGAUCAUCAAAUUCAUCAGCUUCAUCCGCCGCCGCCUCCGCCUCCGCCGUCGAUUUUGGAUCAUGCCAUUGAAUCUCAGACGUCAAGUAUCCACCAUAACCAGCAACAACAUCAACCGCCGGUUUAUAAUGUCAGCAAGAGCGAUUUCCGGGAUGUCGUUCAGAAGCUUACCGGUUCUCCGGCACACGAACGCCUGACGACUCCGGUUCAACCAGUGAAACCACAAAGCUCUCGUUUACAAAGGAUUCGUCCUCCGCCGUUGGAACACGUCGGAAACCGUCCGCCCAACGCCGUCGGAGGUGUGCUUCCGUCAAACCCUAGCUUCCGUCCAGGAAACUUCUUCACCAGUCAACGGCAGCAUCACCAGCCUCUUUCCCCGCUUCCGCCGUUACCGGCGGUACACGCGACGGCCGAAUCUCCGAUCUCCGCGUACUUGCGUUGCUUUCAAACCAACAUCACAGGCUUCACUCAACCUCCGCCUCCACAACUACACCCCCGCCCUCCAGCACCGGGUUCCCUUCCGCCAUCGGAGUUCACAGCGCCGUCGUCUCCGCUUCCAUUCGGGUGCCUACAUUCUCCUAGAUCACAGUUCCCGAUGUUAUCUCCCGGAUUUCCAUUCUCCCCAACAAACCAAUUCGGAUUCCAACAGCUAACACCACUGUCUCCGACGCCUCCGGCACCAAGCCCUAGAUGGAAAUCCCUCUGAUGAAUCAUCAAUUCAAUUGGGGCAAAAGCAAUAUUCGUAAGUUUCAAGAUUAGGGUUUUGAAAUACUGAUCUAAAUACAUAUACAUUACAAUGAAGUUAUAUAUGUAUAUAUAUAUGUAUAUGCUGAAACCAUGAUUCAAUUUUGGGGGAAAGAUCAGUAUAUUGAAAGAAUAGUUGAGCAAGUUGUCUAAAGAAUCAAUCCUAUGUACAUGAAUGGAUUAUUGAUUAUGUAAAAAAGAAACCCUAGGUUUUGAGUUUGUUUCUUUCAUUUUGCUGGAAUAGAAUGGGGUGAAAUUGUAGA